AUGUCUUCAGCCCUGGUACCGGCCGAGGCGUCACUCCAAGUACACCCGCGAGACAUCAACCUCCCCCUUCGUGUCACCAACAAUUGCAACGAGCCUAUUUGGCCGGCCAUCCUCACCCAGAAUGGGAGGGGUCCGGCGAGCUCUGGAUUCGUCCUACAACCCGGAGAUACGAAUCCUCAAACAGUGAGCGGCGAUUGGAGGGGCAGAGUCUGGGGUCGGACGAACUGUAGCUUUCCGGGUUCGGGGUCUGGUCCAUCCAGUGGCAGUGGGGGCGUGGCUUGCACGACGGGAGAUUGUGGGAGCUUUUUGCAAUGCCCUGGAGCAGGCCAAGCACCAGCGACACUUGCUGAAUUCACCUAUUCCUCCGACACGUACCAAACCUUUUACGACAUCUCUCUGGUCGACGGGUACAACCUCCCCGUUGGCAUCAUCUCACUGCUUUCGCAGAGUGGCAAUUCAACGCUGGAGGACAUUCCUCCCAAUUUGACCAACCCAGUAUGCAUUGGAACUUCGUCUCUGCUCGCACCCGUGGGAGCCCCUGCCGGUAAUGCCGAUUUUGGGUCAAACUCGACAUUCCCACUACCGCUAGAUCAGACAGUCACGCCGUCAUUCAUCCAAAGUUGGUGUCCAUGGCCGUUGCAAUUGAACCCGCCCCAGAAGCCCGGUGAUGGAGUAUAUCCAUAUCCAGACGACAACAUCCAACGACCAAUUUUCAACCCUUGUCUCAGCGCAUGUGCUAAAUGGAAUAAAGAUCAAUACUGCUGCACAGGAAGCCACAAUACUCCCGCCACAUGUUCACCAAGCGAUUAUUCGACACAAGCCAAAAGGGUCUGUCCAGAUGCGUACAGCUAUGCGUACGAUGAUCAGACCAGUACCUUCAUCAUUCCACAAGGUGGAGGGUUUGAGGUUGUUUUCUGUCCCGCGGGGCGAAGUACGAAUAUUCUCGCCACGUUCGGCGAUCAACUCCGACAAAUCGCACAGACAGGACAUGCGAGCAGGGACAUUGUCAAUACGGCGCAAAACAUUACGUAUAUCCGCGAGAAGAACGUUGCCAUAAGAUGUGGAGGCCACUCAGGAUCGUGGUUGGAACUAGUGCUGGGACUGUUGAUGGUGGCAUGGUUAUCGUUACGCGACGAAGUCCCUGAUGAUGACCUUUUGAAUCGUUCAUAA